AAGCGGCGCGGCGCGGCGGCGGCGAUGAGUGCCUCGGCGGCCACCGGGGUCUUCGUGCUGUCCCUCUCUGCCAUCCCGGUCACUACGUCUUCAACCACCUGGCGGCCCAGCACGAUUCCUGGACAGUUGUAGGGGCUGCUGCCCUCAUCCUGCUCCUGGUAGCCCUGCUGGCUCGUGCCCUCGUCAAAAGAAAGCCGCCCCGGGACCCUCUAUUCUAUGUGUACGCAGUUUUUGGAUUUACCAGCGUGGUGAACCUCAUCAUAGGACUGGAGCAGGAUGGGAUCAUCGACGGGUUCAUGACCCACUACUUGCGAGAGGGUGAACCAUAUCUGAACACUGCAUAUGGGCACAUGAUCUGCUACUGGGAUGGCUCUGCUCAUUAUCUGAUGUAUCUGGUGAUGGUGGCAGCCAUAGCAUGGGAGGAAAGUUACAGAACCAUUGGCCUAUAUUGGGUCGGAUCUAUUAUUAUGAGCAUUGUUGUUUUUGUGCCGGGAAACAUUGUAGGGAAGUAUGGAACACGCAUUUGCCCUGCUUUUUUCUUGAGCAUACCAUAUACCUGUCUUCCUGUGUGGGCUGGUUUCAGAAUCUAUAAUCAGCCAUCAGAAAAUUAUAAUUAUCCCUCAAAGGUCAUUCAAGAAGUCCAAGCGAAGGACCUGCUGAGAAGACCCUUUGAUUUAAUGUUGGUUGUGUGUCUCCUUCUGGCAACUGGAUUUUGCCUGUUUAGAGGCUUGAUUGCUUUGGAUUGCCCAGCUGAGCUCUGCCGAUUAUAUACGCAAUUUCAAGAGCCCUACCUAAAGGAUCCUGCUGCUUAUCCUAAAAUACAGAUGCUGGCAUAUCUGUUCUAUUCGGUCCCUUAUUAUGUGAUUGCACUUUAUGGCUUAGUGGUUCCUGGAUGCUCCUGGAUGCCUGACAUGACACUGAUACAUGCUGGAGGUCUAGCUCAGGCUCAGUUUUCUCACAUCGGUGCUUCUCUUCAUGCUAGAACUGCUUAUGUCUACAGAGUCCCAGAAGAAGCGAAAAUCCUUUUUUUAGCAUUAAACAUAGCAUAUGGAGUCCUUCCUCAGCUCUUGGCCUAUCGCUGUAUCUACAAACCAGAGUUCUUCAUAAAAACAAAGACAGAUGAAAAAGUUGAAUAAAAACAUUAUUUUAUGUUCUUCCUUUCCAGAUUACUGACUUCUGUUAUCCUGGUGUCGGUAUCUUGUCCCAUUUCACUCUCUUCCCAUACAGGAACAUUUUAGAAUAAAUUCUUGCUCUGCACUGUAUGUGUGAGCUAUCAUAGGUAUUGUGUGGGUAGAUUUUUUUUGAAGGAAAAUUGAAGUUGUUCAGAAAGUUUGUUUAAAGAAAUAUAUUCAGAGUUAUCUGUGAAUAAACUUGGCCAUCUAUCUUAAUACUUUGUUUGCGCAUAUUAAAUGAGUGUGAAAAAUUCCAGUAGAGCUCCUACAAGAGUGAGCAUGAAAAGGAAACUAUUCCAAAGUGAAUAUGGUCUGUGCAUAUUAAAAAUUUCAAAAUAGCAAAUACAGAUUGGAGAAAUUUUUUUGCAUAUAAGAUAAAUAUGCUUUAUUAUCAACCUCAAUAUAAAAGGCAAAUAAAUCAUCAAAAUUUUAAAAUGUUGUUUGAAAAAUGUUUUCCCAAGGAAAGUAUAUUAUUUACUGCUGUUUUAAAAAUUGCUUUUAUUUAAAUUUUUUUGGUGAGACUAAAUAGCUAGGGAGGGAAUCUAUAAGUUUAUCAUUACCCUUAAUGCUUAUUUUAUUUGUGACUGGAAAGAUUUCUAUUGUAUUUCUGUGUAUAUCCUUAAUAAAAUUAUUUUUGGCUUUUUAUGAAGACAAAUCUUAUUAAGUUUGAAAUACUCUUUUUUUCAGAAAAAGUUCUCUAGGCUUUAGGCUUUUUAUUUUAAAAAUCUGUCAAGUUGUAUGUUCCAAUUCAAAUGUCAUCUACAUUCUCCUUAUGUUUUAGUGGGAGCAAUGAAGAGGACUUUGGAUGAAUUAAUUAAAUUUCAUUCAUUUUAAAUUAAAAUGUUCAAAAUUAAAAAGUACCUACCUUUUAAGGACAAA